UCAGUGCCACCCACUAUCGUCAGAUUCGGCUCAUUAUUUUCAUCCCCAAAGACUCGGAGUAAUCAGUUUCACUUCUUUAGAGACUCGACCAUGAGUUCAUUGAAAGGCAAAGUGGCCCUGAUAACGGGGUCAACGUCUGGCAUUGGAGCUGAAACAGCGAGGCACUUCGCCUCCUUAGGGUGCUAUGUCUCCCUGACCGGACGCAGAGAGAAGAAUCUUGAGCAAGUAUCUGAGGAAUGCCAACAGAAAGGAUUACAUAAAGACAAGAUUCUUCUUACUGUGGCAGACCUGUGGAAAGAGGAGGAUGUGAAGAGAAUUGCUGACCGCACCUUGGAGCACUUUGAACAGAUAGAUGUACUGGUGAACAAUGCUGGCUUGGCAUACCCUGCUGGAAUAGAAGACUGUACCUUGGAGCAGUUUGACAAGACGUUUGACUUGAAUGUCCGUGCACCACUGCAGCUCACGCAUCUGUUGAGACCCCACCUCAUUAAAACAAAGGGUGCUAUUGUGAAUGUUUCCAGUGUGAACGGUGUGAUGCCUUUUCCUUGGAUAUUAACCUACUGCAUGUCUAAGAGUGCUAUAGACUCGCUGACAUUGAACAGCGCACAUGAUUUGGCCCCACACGGAGUUCGUGUCAAUUCUGUUAACCCUGGAGUAAUAUUGACUGAGGUACACAGGUCAGCAGGGAUGAAUGACCAACAGUACGAAGCGUUUCUGGAGAAAUGCAAGCACACACAUGCCAUGGGCCGAGUAGGCACCGUGGACGAGGUGGCCAAGGUGAUAGCAUUCCUAGCAUCCGACGCCUCGUCAUUUGUCACCGGAGAACUCGUCACUGUCGAUGGUGGGCGCCAUCUCCUCACGACCGCAACUGAGUAAGGAAUGAGUGAUGCAGAAACGUUCAUCCAACUGCGGACAAGUGCCCAAUUUUAUAGUGUAGUUAAAAGGCAAUGAACACUACUGGUAAUUACUCGGAAUAGUUGUGAGCAUAAAAACUUACUUGGUAACGAUCAAUGGAGAG